AUGGACGCCAUCACCCAGGCCAUUCUCAACCGCUCCAAGCUGGAGGUGGAGCACAUCAAGAUCUCGCAGCCCACGGCUGACACUUUUGUCAUGGGAAUCGUGAGCAGGGUCACAGGCACCGGACCCAUGGGCGCGACAAUGGCACCGAUGACCGUCGACAUGAUGUUUAACGGCGGCUGCUUUGGCAAGCUGGAUCUUCCGGAAGUCAAGACCAAGUCUGGCGGUACGGAGGUUGUCGUCAAGGACCAGCUCAUCAAGAUCCUCGACCGCAACGCCUUCAUGGCGUUCGUCAAAGCCAUCAUGUGCGACGAGAGCUUGGUGUUGCGACUUGACAACGGUGACUGCACAAUCAAGGCGCUCGGCCUGUCGGCCAAGGUCAAAUACGCAAAGGAUGUGCCCAUCGUUGGCAUGGGCGGCCCCAAGAUCGCGCAGGUCAACUCUGCGGAGCGUGGCGGUGGUUUCGUCAACACCAUGAAGGUGUACAACCCCAGCCCGUUGGAGAUUAACCACGGCAUAAGCAAGUUCGAGCUCCGAAGCGAAAGCGGCGAGGUGCUGGCAGAGCUGGAGGGUGACCUGACAAUUGUGAAGGGCGACUUCGAGAGCACAUUGCAGGGCACGCUUAAGAAGGGCGCCAAGGCAUCGGACAAGGCAAGAAUGGUCGGCACCGGAACAAAGGAGGCCAACUGGUGCAACGAUACGAUCAAGUUUAUCAACUGCCAAUUUUCGGUAUCGCCGCAAUUUGCGCAGAUGCUGUAG